AUGAAUGACAAUCUUGAAGAGGAGCCACUGGCGCCGAACCAAGAGCAGGAAGCCAAGCGGAGGAAGAUCCGUAAAGGAACGAGAUCUUGUUGGGAAUGCAAACAUCGCAAAACUCGCUGCAUAUUCCUAUCUCCCGAGGCUACCACCUGCGUCGAAUGUCAGCGACGGCGUGCCACCUGCAUUAGUCAAAAUUUACCGGAAGAUCUAGUCCCAACAAAGCAAUUCAGCAACAGUCGGCGCCUUGGAGACCGCAUCGCGCGAAUUGAGAACAUUAUCAAGGACCUGGUAGUUGCCCAAAGUGCCCAAAACCGGAACGAGCCUCUCCAACAAGAAGAGCAGACAAACCAACCUUCAAACUCAACCGCAUCAUUGUCUCAUCGCUAUGACCGAGCUUUAGUCCUUUCUCGUUCAGCCUUCUCUGCAGAUUCUCCAGGUUAUGAAAGCUCUGAGGAAGAAGAAAACCAGAUCAAUGCACGCCCAGAGAAAGAAAAGACCACGCACAAUAUUCAUAACGAAAUUAGAAGAGAAAAAAGGAAGCGAAUCCAAGGAAAUUCAUCCAGAGGACCUAUUGGACCUCGGAACGGGCCAAGGGCUGAUAUUCCUACAUUGCAAAGACCAUCCAGCCCAAGUGAAGUUGCGGCUAUACACCAUCUACUGGCGGCAUUUCCGUCCCGAGAGAAUGUGAAGAUAUUGGCCAAGCAAAGCUCCAGACCAUCGCUCUACACCCAUUUGACCAAUUUUCAACCACACAACAAGUUGACACGCGAUGCACUUGCUACUGCUAAUGUGGCCGACGCCGUUUACCCGACAUCCUUGUCUCCUGGACCAGACAUACAUCCGGUUCUAUUGGCAAGACAAAUGAUCAUAUUCGCAAUAGCUUUACAAAGUCCCUGUGGGGAAAAGGUUCAUGGUCUUUCGGAGCCACAAGAAGUACUGAUGCGUCGACUCAUGACAGCUGCAACAACAUGGGUGACAAAAAAGGAAGAGUGGCAAGGGACUCUGGAAAGUGUGCUCUGCAUCAUGCUCGAGGGGGUCUUUGAAGUUAACUGCGGCAAUCUGCGACGGGCAUGGGCUGUCUAUCGCAGAGCGAUGACGGUAGCACAACUAAUGGGUCUUCACCGCGCAACUCUUCCACCCUUCAAACGAAUUGACCCGCGAUUGAGCAUAAACCCUGCUUUCAUGUGGUUCCGCAUAGUCUAUAUGGAUCGCUAUCUUAGCCUCUUGCUCGGUCUCCCUCAGGGUACGGCUGAUAAGAACAUGGGGUCGAACCUACAUGAUGAUACACCUCUUGGGAAAUUCGAGCGUCAACUAGCUGUGAUCGCAUCUCAAAUUCUGGAGCGGAAUGAGACCUCCUUCACGGAAAACUCUUUUACAACUCACUUCGGAAUAACCCAAUCUAUCGAUGCGCAGCUAUUGGAAGUCUCAAGAAGUAUGCCUUCAAGCUUCUGGCGACCGGCAAAUUUCCACGGUCUUGCUCCGGGCUCACCGGAUUCUCUAUUGGAGACCGUCCGACUUGCAGGCCAGGUUUAUUACAACAGUCUGUUGAUUCACUUGCACCUGCCUUACGCCAUCUCUAGCAUAGGUAGCCACACAGGGCAUAAAUACUCAAAGGUCACCUGUGUGAAUGCUAGUCGCGAGAUAAUGACGCGUUUUAUUACUCAUCGGACAUUCAAUCCCAUGUCAUCUUGCUCACGCCCAGUGGACUUCUUCGCGUUUCUGGCAGCCAUGACGAUUCUACUUUCUCAUCUUGAUGCCCAUCGCGAAGCAACAAAUUUUCUGGCUCAUCAGCGAUUGAGUGAUCGUGCAAUGUUAGGGCAAGUUCUCGACCUAAUGGAUCUCGUCAGUAAGAUGGACAAGGAUGCAAUGGCUCAAAAAUCUGCUGAACUGAUACGACACCUCCUUAAAAUCGAAUCCGAAGCCUCUCAAGGAGUAACGUAUAUACGGACCAUGGGGGAAGAAAGCCAAUCCACACGGGACAUUCUCAAAAGUGACAAAGAGGUGUGCCUCCACAUUCCUUACCUUGGAACCAUUAGAAUCGCUAGACAGCCUUCCCCUCCAUGCAUUACAGGAAGAUCCCAUGAAGCCGAGUUCAUGCUUCAACAGUCAAACAUUACCACUGAUCCUGGUAAUUUUGUGUAUCCUGAGAUAUCACUGACAGAGGAGGGCCAACCUCAAGUGGAUCUUCCUGGAAUCACUGCAGGUGUUGAUGACUGGGCUUUCCAAGGUGUGGAUAUGGCGUUCUUCGAUAGUCUUACGAAAGGAAUGCCUGAUGUAACUUGA